AUGAUUGAUAAAACUUUUUUUACGAUGUCGUCAGGAAGGCCAAUCAAAUGCGUGGUUGUUGGCGAUGGCACUGUUGGAAAAACUUGUAUGUUAAUAUCAUACACCACAGACAGUUUUCCGGGUGAAUAUGUGCCCACAGUAUUUGACAAUUAUUCUGCACCUAUGGUGGUGGAUGGAGUAGCGGUGUCUCUAGGUCUAUGGGAUACUGCAGGGCAAGAAGAUUACGAUAGGCUUAGACCUUUAAGUUAUCCACAAACAGAUGUCUUCCUUAUAUGCUUCAGUGUAACAAGUCCUUCGUCUUAUGAAAAUGUAACUUCAAAGUGGUAUCCUGAAAUAAAGCAUCAUUGCCCAGAUGCUCCUAUAAUAUUGGUUGGUACAAAAAUUGACUUGAGGGAUGACCGUGAAACGCUCAGUUUACUUUCUGAACAAGGCAUGUCUCCAUUAAAAAGAGAACAAGGACAGAAACUGGCCAACAAAAUUAGAGCUGUGAAAUAUAUGGAAUGUUCGGCACUCACUCAGCGUGGGCUCAAACAGGUUUUUGACGAAGCUGUGCGUGCAGUAUUAAGACCUGAACCUCAGAAGAGACAUCAGAGGAAGUGUUUAAUUAUGUAA